AUGGCCUCAUCGCUCUCGCUGACCGCAAGCGCCGAAAGCUUUCCCAUCGAUGGCCGCUUCCGGAUCGCCCGCGGCGAACGCUCCCAUGCCCAUGUCAUCGCCUGCACGCUGGACGACGGCACCCAUUCGGGCCACGGCGAAUGCGUGCCUUAUGCCCAUUACGGCGAAACGGUAGACGGCGUGAUCGCCCAGUUGGAGUCGUUGCCCGCGCUCGAUGCCUCGGCCCCUUGCGACAGGCUCCGUAUCGAUCUGGCAUCGGCCUUGCCGCCUGGCGCGGCGCGCAACGCGGUCGACUGCGCGCUGUGGGAUCUCGAUGCCAAACGAUCGGGUCGCCGCGUGCACGCGCUGGUGUGCCGGCACCCGCCGCGCCCGGUCGAAACCGCGCUCACCCUGUCGCUCGACACCCCCGAAAACAUGGCCGAUGCCGCGCGCGCGGCGAACAAGCGGCAUCUUUUGAAGAUGAAGCUGGGCGGAGACGAAGCCGACAUUGCCCGCAUGCACGCCGUGACGGCCAACGCCCGCGAUGCGCGGAUCAUCGUCGAUGCCAACGAAUCCUGGCGCGAAGACAAUCUCAUCGCGAUGAUGGAGGAAGCCGCGCGUCUGCACAUCGCGCUGGUCGAACAGCCGCUGCCGGUCGGCGAAGACGCCAUUCUGGGACGCAUUCCGCAUCCCGUGCCGGUCUGCGCCGACGAAAGCGCCCAUACGAGUGCCGAUCUCGACGCGCUUGGCGCGCUCUAUGACGUCGUCAACAUCAAGCUCGACAAGACCGGCGGGCUGACCGAGGCGCUGGCGAUGCGCGACAAGGCCCGCCGGAUGGGGUUCGGCGUCAUGGUCGGCUGCAUGGUCGGAACCUCGCUCGCCAUGGCGCCCGCCGUCCUGCUGGCCCAGGACGCCGACUUCAUCGAUCUGGACGGUCCGCUGCUGCUUGCGCGCGACCGCAAGCCGGCGCUUCACUAUUACGGCAGCACUGUUUCUCCCCCCGAACCGGCGCUUUGGGGCUGA